GGAAGACAAUCUCUUGAUUUUAGAGUGCAGUCUGAAUAUGUACGAAGAUUUCUACCACGAGAAAUGGCAUUGGUUAGGAAUUUAAACCAUGAAUGUGUACUCCGGGUCUUUGAAAUUGGCCACUACGCUAUAUUCAUAACAGAAUACUGCGACGGUGGUGAUUUACUUCAGAAAAUCAAAAAAUCAAAAAGGGUUCCAGAAUAUGAGGCCAAAUUAAUUUUUCGACAGCUCAUAGAAGCACUUAUGUAUCUCCAACGAUGCGACAUAGUGCACCGAGAUUUGAAGUGUGAAAAUGUGUUCCUUGAUUUGUAUGAGAACGUGAAGCUGGGUGAUUUUGGCUUUGCACGCUACCUGAAGCCGAACGAGAAGGCGAACACGUUCUGUGGAAGUCGAGCCUACGUCGCUCCAGAGAUUCUCAGAGCUAUAGCCUACACUGGACAGACGGUCGAUAUUUGGAGCGCUGGUGUCGUUCUAUAUGUUAUGGUUACGGGAGUAAUGCCCUAUGACGACCGAAAUCCGCAAAAAAUGGUUGAAAGACAGCUUUUGGAGUCUAUCUGCACAACUAUUGAUCUCUCUGUACAAGUGAAAACUCUGAUUUACGAGAUCCUUCAUCCAUAUCCACCUUCUCGGCCGUCAUACAAAACAAUUUGUGCCAGCGAUUGGUUGAAAAAUACACCUUAUAUAUUAAAAGGGGUAUUUAUAUUUUUUCGUUAA